AUGAGUUAUCUUUCUAAUUUGCCUAUUAACCAAGUUACUUUAGCAUCUAUAUAUCCUACAAUUUUUGAGAUUGUCUCCACCCAAGAAGUUGAUGACUUAUUACCUUCAUCCAUUCGAUAUCUUCUUACAAAUUAUUGGAUAUCAAGAUACCCAUCAAGAUUGUCAAUAGGUAUAAACAAUUAUUUUGAAGAAUGGUUUAAUUUGAUUAUAAAGGGUCUUGUGGAAUAUUACCAUAUUAAAUAUUAUAAUACAACUUUUGUUGACAAGUUUUAUGGUUUACAAAGGUUUAAUUCAAAGAGUAACCCAUUAUUAAAUGCGCAUACGGCUGCAAUAAAUAAUGUUGAAUCUACUUCAGCAUGGGCACAGAAAUGGCCUUUGGGCCUCCAAUUGACUAAAAAACAACGAUUAGUGGUUUUUCUGCAGAAAAUUAUAUUUCCAUAUCUCAAAAAUAAACUAGAUCAGCUGUAUAUUAAGCUAAUUGCUAGAAACUCUUUUGGUUCUAGUUUACCUAGGAAUGGUGAUACUAGUCAAAAUAUAAUUAAUAAUUUAAAAAAGAGAUUAUUCAAAAUUUUCCAAUUGAUAUAUCCAAUCUUAACCAAAAUUUUUAAUUCGGUGGAUAUUCUACUAAAAUUAUCCUAUUUAACAAAGAGAACGGGUUAUUUUUCCUUGUUAGACUAUCUAUUUAGUAUUGAAUAUACUAGAUUGCAAUUUCCCUUAGAAAAAGAAAUUGAUAGUUAUACCUUAAACUUCGACAAGAGUCAUAAGCUCAAGAAUAGAAUGGAGAACCAAAAUUACUAUAGUGCUUUAGAUUAUUGGAAUUCAAAAUUGAGUGGUUUACUUGGUAUAACUUCCUUCAUAGGCUCCCAGAUAUUCCCAUCCUUCAUAUUUUUGUUAAGGGUGUAUCAAUGGUGGACAACUGAAAAUAUUUCAGUCAAGAUAGAAAAAAGAAUCAAGGGGUUUGAUAAAGAUAUACCAAACCCUUCAAGAGUAUCUGUAAGUAUAAAAGAUGAAGGAGAAAAGAGAAGGGAUCGAAGUAAAUGUCCAGUCUGUCAAGACACCAUCCGGAAUCCUUGUAUUCUGGAAACUGGCUGUGUAAUGUGUUAUCCAUGCGCAAUUAAAUAUAUUCCAGAACAUGAAGGUAAAUGUCCGGUAACUGACAGAAAAUUAUUAGGGUGUAUAUUUGAUAAGCAAUCUAGUGAAUGGAAAAUUGUGAGUGGUAUUAGAAGAUUAAUGAUCUGA